AUGUUGUCGAGAUUGGCUAGAAGCAGAAGCAGUUUCCCUGCUGCAAGAAGAUUGUUCUCCGUGACUGCUAUAGUGAGAAACGAAACCCCAAAGUCCUCGUGUAAGGCAGGAACCAAGUUGAAUUUGAAAGUCAGAAAAAACGGUGACGAACCGGUUGCUUUAGAAGACACAGAAUACCCAGACUGGUUGUGGGAUAUGCUCGACAAGAAAAAGGUCGAUGAAAAGUUGAAACAAGACGAUUUCAUGAGAUGGAGAAGAAAACAGUUGGGUAACGAAAACUCCAACAAGAUUAAAGCCAACAACUUCUUGGCCAAUAUGAAGUAA